AUGUCCAACAACCCAAACCAAGGCGGUCGGCCCCAAGCCUCAAGCGGUCCCCAAGCAUCCACUUCGACUGGCGCUGGAAACUCGUCAUCGAGCAAUGCUAAUCCUCCUAAACCCUUUCAAGUGUAUCUUCCCACCAUCAACGACCUGCAUCCAGGACCUCGCAAUCGACUCUUUCUAGCUCUCAAAUCUGACAUUCCAUCAGAGAUCGAAUGGGCACUACCCAAGCUCGUCACGGGCUCUUACGCCGCUGUCCAAGCUGAUUUGUUCAGGCUCGACGCGUAUAUCGACAGUGUCCCGACAUUGCUUAGAUGGCCUCAGAGGUGGAUCAAGCAGUUGACCAAGGGUCAGCGACCGUCCUUCCCGCAUCCUUCAGACGACAUGGCAGAUGAUGAGAUGCCCCAGAUCUCCAGCUCGACCCAUUUUGAUCGACCGUCCGUCGAUCUGUGGACGUAUCCUUCUACGUCUUCAUCAUCCAAGCAGCUUUUCAUCGACCCAGUGGUCGAGAAACGAGCUUGCGAAUGCUUGCUUGUCCUUCGUAAUGCGGCGUUUCUCAAGCCUUCCGAAGGUAAAUCAAGCAAUGCAGAGUGUAUUGGACGCUCUGAAGAUUAUCUCGAGUUUCUGGAAUCGUUCUUCAGCUUGCCUUGCACGACGCUCAUGGAUAUCAGCAUGGAACGACCAGAGAUGUUGCAUCAUCUCUUGAACCUCUUAUCAUUCACACUUCCGUUCCUCCCGCUCGCCCGUCAAUCUGGAUCACCUCGAACAGAUAGUCUAGCCAAGACCUUUACGUCGACUCUACCCUGGCUUCUUGUCCAAUCUCGAGAUCUUGGAAUGAUCAAAUUGAUUUUCCCACUCCUCAUUUCAACUCUACGCAUCCCUUCGCUUCCACCUUGCGACCCCUCACUCCUCCCACACCUCUUGUAUCUCAUCACACUCCAAGACCCAUCCCAACCGUCCUCGCUCAUCCUCGAACUCUCUCUCGACCUCCUCGUCGCUCUGACGCUCAGCUCUCAAAACCCCACACUGUCCAUCCUUGCCAGUCAACAAUUCCCAGCUCAUCUCAAAAACCUUGUCAUGCUCCUCGAACACGGGGCUAAGCGGACGACCAUCGUCUCGGACCCCCCUUCUCAAGUCGUCGGAAAAGUCAUCAAGAACCCUGCGCUCGGGUCCUUGCUGGCUGAAGAGUCCAGUCGGCGCCGUGCGAUCCAACGAGAAAAAGCUCAACAGACUUUACCUCAAGGUGGAGUCGAGUUAGAGACAGGCGACAAACCACCAUCGUUGAGCUUGGCACAGAGAACAAAGCUAUAUCAAAUGUCAGAGCCCAGGCGCUCCAUGGCAUGGAUGCACGAAACGUUUGUCUACUCGUCCACUUCUCAGCUCCUUCAGGUAACCUUCUGGCACGCCUACCGAGACUUUUUCCAGCACUCCAAGACGGUCGAACCGCUCGUCAGUGCAUCUGAAGUCAUUCGACAUGUCACCGACGCGUUUCCCGGGGCGAUGGCAAAGGCGUAUACGGAUGAACAGGGUCAGAGCAAGUUUGUGAUUGCUGGGAUCGGCUUUAGAAAAGGCUCAGAAGACGAAGAUCGUUACCUGUGUCUUUGGAAAGACUGCGAUGCUCCGCCCAACGCGACGACCACGUCUGAUCUCCUGACCCACAUUCAAACAAAUCAUAUCUCCGCCACAUCGCCCCCCACCGCGUGUUGCUGGUCUACCUGCACACACUCUCCGUUCUCCCUCUCGCACCUUUUGACUCACUUACCGUCCUCCUCGACCGACUCUGCACCUCCUCGGAUGCCAGAGACCAUCACUGUCCCUCAGUCCAUGCCUGAACACCUUUACAACUAUUCGCGGAUCACCGCUUUCCCUCCGCCUCCUCUAGGACCGAGUCACAAGUUGCAUUUCGAGCGAGUCAUUACGCACACGGAUCCCCAGCGACAUACACCGACCGGCACGACGUUUUUAGCAGCAUUAGUCAUUCGAAAUUUGGCAAAGUGUCUCAGGACGGAAAUACAAUCGAGUCUACCCAUGACGGAUCAAGGGCUGGCAGAGAGGAAGAAACAUUUGAUGGAAGAAAGGUUCGGGUUACCGAUACCGGAGACUGUUCUGCGCGAGGAGGAAGAAGAGGAGCGUGCCGCGCGAGGUGGUGGCGCUGAACGGAUAGGGAAUGAUAUGGGCUUGAACCAGCGUCAAAGAGAAAGAGCGAGGCUGGCGUUUGGUGCCGUGGAAGAGAGAUUGGGAGAUGUGAUACAGGAGAACAUGUCAGGAUUAGGGCAGUAUCUCGUGGACGCGUUAGGGUGGUAG